AUGACAACAUGCUUUAGACGACGAGGUUAUCAUUCAUUUGCAUUAUACAAAAUCAAUCUCGUACCCAUCAGGCAUAACUCACUAUUAAGCCAUAGAGCCCUAGAACGACUACCGAAUAAUUUAUAUCAUAAAUUAACUCAAUACGGGCAGAGUGAGGUGAAAUUGGUCCCCAAAAUCGAACAUGCGCCCUUGUACUCGAAAGUGAUGAACUCGGACAAACCAUUCCUGUUGAACUGGAACCCCAUAUUUAAACCGUCGCAGCAUAAACUAUAUCAGCUAUUGGAAGCAAUUGUUUUCCAUAUCAUUUGUGUUAUUGAUUACUUGAAACAAGGGAAGGAAGUUCCAGACUUACACCGUGAAUUCUUUAGUCAAGUGAUAGCCCGUUCGGGUAAGAAUGAGGGAAGUGUAGAUUGUGAGAAGUUAAGGUCUAGGUUUGCGAUUCCGUAUAAUGGGAUUCUCAAAAUGGGUCUCCAAUGUUUCUCAACGAUCUCGUUGUACAUCAACGAACCAUAUACAGAAGAUGACUUAGUGGCUUGGGUAGAUUCUUGCAGUGCAAGAUCAAUUUCCUCAAGUGUGUCCUUGGUAACAGAAAAUACCCCUGCAUUUGUCUUGUUUGAUAUUCUACUACGAAGUCCCACAUUCAAAGAACAGUUUCUUGUGCAACUGGAAUUAUGGACGCAUAACAUAAACUACUUAAUAAUGCAAAUGAGAAAGGACACAUACAUACUAAAAACAAUGUUGGACAAUUUGACAUAUUACGCUGUAAUGUUUGAACCACAUAGUCUAGUGACCCUAUAUCAAAGUACGAUGGAUUUUAUAAACUCGCCUAAGACAAGACUGUUGAUGAAAUUAAGUAGUGCAUUCUUUGACGAUCUCAUAUGGAACCUUGCUGUGUAUUCGCUUCGGUAUCAAAAACUCGAUCCGCUAGCAAUCGCCAAUGCGCAAGAGUUGUUAAUGUCGCAGAUUAGGAACGUUCAGGGGACCUCUUUAUCAUUAAAGGGAUACUUAGGCAUUGCAAUUGUCAUGUCCAGGAUUUCAUACAGCAAGGGCCUACAGGUAUUUCAUGUUGCUGAAAAGAAAUUUCGAAAAGAUACUUGCUCAAAGAAGGAUCUUUUGACAUACUAUCUCACCAAAAUCCACCUUGCCAAAACACCUUCGGAGGCUAUAAACACAUUCAAGAUAGCGAGUAACAAAUUUGACUAUUCGUCAACUUUAUGGCUAUUCUUUAUUCGAAAGUUGAAGUACCUCAACGUAAUGGACGAAAAGAGGGCAAAAUUGUUUUACAAGCAAAUAUGUAACUCGAAGGUGAGGAUUACAAACGAUAUUGUUUACGAAUUGUUGCAUUUUGUUGGUGAAUUGAAUGUCCUUGAGGAUAUGUUUCGAUCUGUAUCGAAUGGAAAGCAAGUCACGCUUGAUAAUGCCUUUCGUGUGAGGUAUAUUCAGUUACUUAAGCGUCGUGAACCCAACAAAGAAGAUCUUCCUAAGCUACAGUGGGGUUCAGAGAAAGGGCAUGAAUUUCGCAACUUUGAUUCUGUCGAGAAGUACAUUUCCCACAUUUACACAACUGCCCCUGCUAAAUCGAUUCAGCUUAUUGUAACGUACCUUGAUUAUAUUUCAAAGUGGGACACGGUCAGAUUCUUCGAACUAUAUAAAGAGGAGAUAUUAGAUAGGGACCACUUACCAAAUGCCGCUUGUUUAAAACUUCUUUUAGAAACAGCCAAAAGAUCAGAAGACGUUAAAGUCAGUGACAAUUUGCUUGCUCCGCAAUUUGCAAUCCGUGAAUUUCAAGGAAAUGUACAAGCUACGGCAAAAUCUUACGGGAUUUCUCCACGUGAUGACUUAUGGAAACUGUACAUUUCGUUACUUGCAGAAUUUGACUAUGUUUCCGAACUAUCCAAGAUCAUGAAGUGGUGGAUCGAUCUCAAUUUCAGACCAAAAAGAUCCACCAUCCUCAGUUUGUUGAAUACAUUACCGGAAGAAUUUGCCUUACGACAUAUAAAACAUCAUCAAGUAGCCAAACUGAAAAAGGAUUGGGAUUGGCCAACCACACGAGAGUUUAGACGAUUCAAAUGGUUUCAUGGUCUGUCAAGUGUAAGUAGAUGA